CUGGCAUUGGUCACCAGUUGGAUUCUGACCAAUAUGAGAUAACACUCUGUCUUGUCUUGUCAUGUAUUGUCAUGUCUUGUCUUGUCAGAUGAUUUGAUCUAAAUCUCAUCCAAUACCUACUAUAGGUAUUCAUAGUCUUAAUACUACAAAGAAAUAUAUUUUGGUAUGUCUUUACAUUAGUUUUACAGAAGCACUAUGCAAAUUCCAUUGUGAGAUUUUCAGAGCCAGAAUAUCUAUAAGGUAGGAUACAGCAGUGCACCAUUUUGGACUUCAGAAACAAUUUUAAUAAUAUUCUGUAAUAUAAUUUUUCAUGUUCUGUCUCUCACGUAAUAGCUCUCAACAAUUUAUUUUAAUUAUAGAGGGGAUGGAGUGGAAUCCUCAUAUAAAAUGCAACCCAUGUGACUGUUAUCAAUAUAUGACCUUGCAAAGAAAUAUAUUGGAUCACAUCUAUUUUCUAUUUUUUUAUAGUGUGGGAGGUGCAAAUGCACUAUUUAUAUUUGAAUUAUAAUGGGUCUGUGUGGAUGAUGUUUGCUGACUUGUUAUGAUUGUGCUUCCUUUUCCAGCAUUUUUUCAGUUACUGAAUGAAAUUAUCAAUGGCAAAAAGAGAAACCAUUAAUCAAACAAUGGUGACAGAAUUCAUCCUCCUGGGAUUCAAGACUGUUCCUGAAUUGCAGAUUGUCCUCUUUGUUGUGUUUUUGGUGAUAUAUGUGGUGACAAUGGCUGGGAAUAUCCUCAUAGCAACAGUAGUCUUAUCUAGCCAUCAUCUGCACAAACCUAUGUACUUAUUCUUGGGGAACUUGUCUAUUCUGGAGACCUGCUACACCUCAACAAUUCUUCCUAGGAUUUUAGGUAGUUUUAUAACUAACUAUCAUGGACUUUCAUUCACUGGAUGUUUUAUACAGUUCUACUUCUUUGCCUUCUUAGCUGGAGCUGAAAGUUAUCUCCUAUCUGCAAUGUCUUACGACAGGUAUUUAGCCAUAUGUAAACCACUCUAUUACGCAACCCUCAUGAACAACAGAUUGUGUGUUCAAUUGUCCUUUGUGUCUUGGAUAAUUGGCAUUGUGGCUAGUGCAUUUACAACAUCCUUUGCGUCACAGUUGAUAUUCUGUGGCCCCAAUGAAAUUGACCACUUCUUUUGUGAUUACACACCAUUGUUAAGACUCUCCUGUAGUGAAAUUCAGCAGACAGAAAUGGUGAUGAAAGUCCUGGGCUCUGCAUGCACAAUGCCUCCAUUGCUGCUGACACUGGCUUCCUAUGUUUGCAUCAUCACCACUAUUUUAAGAAUCCCUUCAACUACAGGCAGGAGUAAAGCAUUUGCUACUUGUUCCUCUCACCUUAUUGUGGUCACAAUUUUCUAUGGAACCCUAACCAUUGUAUAUAUCUUACCAAAAACCAGCACUCUGAAGGAUCUGAACAAAGUUUUCUCAGUCUUCUACACAAUCCUGACUCCCAUGAUCAACCCUUUUAUCUAUAGUCUCAGAAACAAGGAAUUCAAGGAUGCCUUGAGGAAAAUGAUUGGAAAACUUGUGCCACUGAGAAUAACUCAGGGAAUACAACGUCAACAAAAUAUAAUAUCCCAGUAAUGAUCUAUGGUCUAAAACCACAGACCACUUUCAUCUUCAAAAGGCCUUGUGAAAUCAAUUCAUAUCUAUUCAUCAAAGAUUGUGAAGUGAAAACAAGGAAGUACAAUCUUGAAAUUGUAGAGGGGAUUGCAGGUGAGCAAUAAUAUUUUUAAUGUUUCCUUAAAUAGAGCACCCACAGACAUACCCACACAAACAGAAAGAUGUGAAAGGGAUCAGAAUCUUACAUUUUAGCUAUUUGGAAAGCUGUUUGUUCAAUCAUGGACAAAUAAACAACAAUGGAGAUUAUCACACCGGCAAAAAAAAUGGGAGCAUAGUGGGAUGCCCCUGUCAAUAUCGCACAGUUUGGCAAAGAUUAUCACACGAUGCCGUGCGACAUUGCAAUUAUCCUGUGCAUAAAGUUGAAAGUACCUAGAACUAUGCAUGAGAAUAUUUAGAAAUUCAUCCCAUUGUUAGUCUAAUGUCAAAAUUAGUUAAACAUGUAGCCAGUGAAUUGUAAGUAUGCAAUACAUCAAGUAAACAUCUGCUAAUAUGACAGAAAAAGCCAGCAUUCAUUUGCCAAAACCAUGGUAUGGAAGACUGACUUUUCUAUUCUGACAUCCACCGGAUGGAACAAUUUCUUCAUUGAGACCAGAUAGGCCCCCAAUAACUGCGUUGGCCCAGGUGUUUUCCUAGUCACUUACCUCUCAUGAGUCAAGAGCUUUUGAUGAUUUUUUUUUCAUUACCGCUGUAUGGCUUUAGCCUUUGAUUUUAUAUGUAUCAUUUUUACUUACAAUAUUGUAAACU